AUGGACAUCGAAUACGACGUCACGUGUAACCACGAUGAGCUGAAGCUGCUCGAAGGAGCCGGAGAUCAAGCUCAAGUCGUCCACCGUUAUUGCAUCCCAGCCGAAAAGACAGCACUAAUCGGCCCAAAUUCCGAACGGUUCAAUACGCAAAUCUCGAAAUCGCGACAUUUCACGUUGAUCUGGAGGACGGAUGCGGACGUCGAGCAGAAGGGCUGGAAGCUCGAAUAUGAAUUUGUUAACCCGAAUUCUGAAUGCGGCUUCAUCUCAAACGCGAUGCAUGGUGUAAUUUACACACCGAAUUACCCCGACACCUAUGACAAUGACUUGGGCUGUAUUUGGGACAUCAGUGUUCCGCAGGGAUACCAUAUACAGUUGGAUUUCGAGACGUUUGAUGUGCAGUCGAGUCAGGAUUGUCAGGCCGACUUUCUUCAGGUCUACGAAGAACACCAAGGCCAAGAAUGGGCCCCUCAAGGCGACUACUACUUCCUGUUCAACAAUGAAGAAGCGGGCAAAGCAAUGUGUGGCAUCGAUAUUCCAAAGCCUUAUGAAUCUGAAAGCAACAGGAUACGGUAUGUGUCGUUGGGCAGCGUCGAGAUG